AUGCACCGAUCCGAUACCAGUGUCGGUAUCGGUGCCCGCCUCCUCAUUCCUCGUGGAGAUUGGUGCCACCGGUCGCGGGACAGCCACGGAAGGCUUGGCUCGAUUCCAGGGAGCUCCGAUCCUGCAGCCACGUCAAUCACGUCUUCACCGCUGGCUGCGGGGCGGCCCUCGUGGCCGGGAUGCCGCUGUGUGCCGUGCCAGUCCACGGUGGACGGUGAGGGGCAGAAGGAGGGGACCGAGUGCUGGAGACUAAGAGGAGGCAGUCCGCACCUAACCGGAGACAUGAACCUCUGCUGGAACGAGAUCAAACGCAAGUCCCACAACAUCCGGGUGCGGCUAGAAGCGUUCUCCGACAACAGCGGGAAGCUGCAGCUCUCCCUGCAGGAGAUCAUCGAGUGGCUGACGGCCAAGGACGAGGAGCUGUCGGAGCAGCUGCCCAUAGGAGGCGACGUGGGGGCGGUCCAGCACCAGAGAGAGUUCCACCAGGCAUUCAUGGAGGAUGUCAAGUCUCGCGGGCCCUUCAUCUACUCUGUUUUGGAGUCUGCCCAGGCCUUCCUGGCUCAGCAUCCCUUCCAGGAGCCGGAGGAGACCCUGACCGAUGGAAAAGAGGUAUCUCCACAUCGUCGGAUUCUGACCGUGAGUCGGUCUGUUUGGAAGCAGGCGAAUGUGGCCAGCGACCUCUGGGAAAAACUGACAGCUCGCUGUGUGGACCGCCACAGGCACAUGGAGAGGACACUGGAGCGUCUUUUGCAGAUCCAGGCGGCCAUGGAGGAGCUGGCAGGGGCCCUGGAGCAAGCAGAGGGUGUGAGGGAUGCCUGGGAGCCUGUUGGCGACCUCUUCAUCGACUCUCUGCAGGACCACAUAGAUGCUACCAAGUUGUUCAAGGAGGAGCUCACCCAGGUGAAGGAGGGCAUGAAGCAGAUCAAUGAGCUGGCCCACCAGCUGGCCAUCUCUGAUGUCCAUUUGUCGAUGGACAACGCUCGUGCCCUGGAGCACCUCAACAGCAGAUGGAAAGUGCUUCAGGGUUCCAUCGAGGAGCGGCUGAAGCAGCUCCAGGAUGCACAUAGAGACUUUGGCCCUGGAUCGCAGCACUUCCUUUCCAGUUCAGUGCAGAUACCAUGGGAGCGUGCCAUCUCGCCAAACAAAGUGCCCUACUACAUUAACCAUCAGGCCCAGACAACGUGCUGGGACCAUCCAAAGAUGACAGAGCUGUACCAAGCGCUGGCGGAUCUGAACAACAUCAAGUUCUCGGCAUACAGAACAGCCAUGAAGCUGCGACGAGUUCAGAAGGCUUUGAGAUUGGAUUUGGUGGCGCUGAGCGAUCUCGUGGACGUGUUUCGGGAGCAGGAGCUGCAGCAGGGGGAGCACGUGAUGGAUGUGGUCGAGGUGAUUCACGGCCUGACAGCCCUGUACGAGAAGCUGGAGGAGGAGCGAUCCAUUCUGGUCAACAUCCCCCUUUGUGUUGAUAUGUGUCUCAACUGGCUGCUCAACGUUUACGACAGGUGGGUGGAGCGUUCUCUAUCGAGGCAAACUAUUAAGGCUCCAGGGAAACCUGCCAUAGAGGUGUCUCACUUCCUGGAGUGGACGAGUCUUGAGCCCCAAUCGAUGGUUUGGCUGCCCGUCCUUCACCGAGUGGCUGCUGCAGAGUCGACCAAGCAUCAGGCCAAAUGCUAUGUCUGCAAACAAUGUCCUAUCAAGGGCUUCAGGUAUCGCAGCCUGAAGCAGUUCAACGUGGACAUCUGCCAGACAUGUUUUCUAACUGGCCGCACAACCAAGGGGAAGAAGCUGCACUACCCCAUCAUGGAGUACUACACCCCGACAACCUCGGGGGAGAAGAUGAGGGACUUCGCAAAGACUCUGAAGAACAAGUUCAGGUCAAAGCAGUACUUUACAAAGCACCCACAGAGAGGUUACCUGCCAGUGCAAUCAGUGCUGGAGUCUGAGAGCUCCGAGACACCGUGCUCCUCGCCCAGACUGCCCCAUGCCGACACGCACAGCAGGAUUGAACAUUACGCCAGCAGACUGGCAGAAAUGGAGAACCAGAACUGUUCGUUCUUCACGGACAGCCUCUCUCCUGAUGAAAGCCUGGAUGAAGAUCAGUACCUCCUGCGUCACUCCAGCCCGGCCCUGGACCACGAUUCACCCUGUGGGCAGCACAUGCUGCUGGCUCACCUGGAGCAUCAGGACAAGGAGCAGCUCCAGUGCACCCUGGCCCGCCUGGAGAACGAGAACAGGGUGCUCCAAAGCGAAUACAGGCGGCUCAAGUGGAAACACGAAGAGGCGGCCUCGGUGCCCAUGCUGACGGAGGCUGGAGAGCUGGGCUCACCUACAGCGGGAGGAGCGCAGGACGAAGAGCUCCUGGCUGAGGCGCGGGUCCUCCGCCAACACAAAACACGCCUGGAGACCCGCAUGCAGAUCCUGGAGGACCACAACAAACAGCUGGAGUCCCAGCUGCGGCGGCUCAGGGAGCUUCUGCUACAGCCCAAAGAUGAUUCAGAGGCCAAUGGAUCAGAACUCUCCACACUGUCCUCUCCUGUGUCUGGAGGGGGUCACCAUGGAGAGCCGGCGAGCAGAGAGACCACUGACACCGAAGCAGCAGGAGAUGAUCUAGAGCACGAGCACGAUACGGUGCUGCAGCUCCAAGAAGUCAUCGAGCAACUGAGGAACGUCUUCCCUUCAGAACCGGGCACCACCUCACACAUCUAAUCCUGAGUUGGACUCGAGGAGCAGAAUGACGGCC